AUGGCUGAGGAAAGGGAUGCUGGUGAUUUGGGCAGAGGGGUAGGAAGACGUAUUGAUAGGAUCUAUUUCGCAACCAGGACCUGUACAUUCCGUGAUGUCCAGUACAUUAGUUUCACUAUUGAUGUCCAACCUUAUCAUUUUGGGUGCUCCGCGUUGUCGAACAGAGUAAAAAUCCAAGUCUCUAAAGUUAAACUUCGCCACUACAAAGGGGCAUGA